AUGAGUGAAUAUUGGGUUUCCAAGAAGAAAUAUUACUGCAAAUUCUGCAACAUCUAUAUCGCGGACGACGCACCUUCCAGGCAGCAGCACGAAAAUGGCCUUCGGCACAAGGGAAACAAGGAGAGAUUCGUGCGGGGAUUGUACAAGGCUGGCGAGAAGCGCAAGAAAGAUUUGGAGGAGGAGAAGCAUGAGAUGAUACGGGUGGAACAGGCUGCUCGGGCUGCGUUUGCGAACGAUAUCAGUACGGGACACGCUAGACAGUCAGAGGCUGCGGCAGGGCCUUCUACAUCUAAAGACGCCAGCAAACCGCCUCCGAAACCAUCCAAUCCUUAUGCGAACUACUCGACUGCUGCGUCGUUGGGAUACACGGACCCAGAUGCGGAGAGGCUUGCUGCUGAAGCUGAGCGCCACAGGAUGGAAGGCGUGGUAGGGGACUGGGAGUACGUCGCGCCCUCGCAGGACCUGGCGGCGACGGCGUCAAGCAUCGUCGAAGCGCCUGAAAAGCGCGAGGCCGAACAGCCUGUGGACGAUGAACGACACUUUAAGAUUCGCAAGAAGACACUCGAUGUCGGCCUGGGGAAUAUCUACGACCCGGGGCUCAUACGCGUCAAAAAGAAGGAAGCGUCCCCUCCUCCGCCGAACCCCUUGCUCGCACCGGCCACUAAUCAGGCAACAUUGGGUUUGCCUGCAGCAACGAACGUGCCUAAAUGGACAAAGGUGCAAUGGAAGAAGGCUGGGGAUGAAGAAGUUGGAUCGAGUCAGGAGCCUCCCGAGGAUCACACUGAGCCAGAGCUUCCAAACGAGGAACCGAUGAAGACAGAGGAGUCGAUAGACACAGUGAAGACGGAGUCGGCGACAAACCUAGUAAAGAUAGAAGAAUCGACACCAGCACCGCCAACGGGGUUAUUCAAGAAACGGAAGCGUCCUGGUAUGCGUUCAUAG